AUGUAUGUUCCUUCUGCUCCCUCACACGUCUCGCUCCUCAUGUGUUGCCGACAGCUUGUUGCAAGUAUCAACGCUAAGACAUUCUGCAGCCUUGCUGUAUUCGUCAAUAAGUCCGCGCGCAAGUACAAAGGGAUUGAGUUGACGGAGGAAACAUCAGAUCCGUACAUUAUUCAGGUGGCACUACUGCGCCGCUUUGUAUUUGAUCACCCCACCCUUUCGAAGACACCCAAGGAAAGCGAGGAUGAGGAGGAUCAAGAUUUCGAGGAGAUCGAGGAACGUCCGAAGAAGAGGGGUCGCACAACGAAGGGAGCAGACUUUUGGGGUCAAGUUGAAGAAUGGUUCAAGGCAGAGAUAUCCAAGCGUGGAUCGAGUUUUACCACCCCGGCGUGGAAAGAGUACAUUGAUCAGAUUCUCAAGGACGACCGGGACACGUUCAAGGGCUUGAUCCCAGGAGCCACUGUCCGUGUCAAUAUCCCAAGAUGCGCAGAACAAUCUGGGCGCGAGUGCGAUCUGGGAGCAGGAUCAACACCUUUCACUCCCCAAUCUGAGAUAGACGAUGCCACCUUCUUUUCCAUGCUUGAGAAUGCUAGUGGUGUUCAUGAUCAGGCUGGUAGCAAUAGUUUAUCUCUCUAUAAUGUAUCUUAAUAGAGUAGUCUCAGAGGACAAUUAAAGUGCACGC